AUGCUCAAAAAUAAACUAGAACUCUUACAAAAAGAAUUCACCACUUUGAAACAGAAAAUCACCACUAAAUUAGCCACCCAACAACAAACCAUUACUGAGACAAAUAACAAACUCCAAGAAAGCAAUCGUAAACUUGAAACUGCUCUUAAAGAGAAUACUGAGAAUGAGCAAGUACUUGAGCAAUUAUUGAAAGAAUUUCAAGAUAAAUUGGCAAUAACACCAACUGGUCAAGCCGUGACUGAUGCGGAAGAUUAUCAAUUUGCUUUGGGGCAAAUAUUAGCCAGUUUGGGUGCCAAAAGUAUUGCACCAAUAAUUACGAUUGAAGAAACAAUUACUGAAGAACUGCAAACCCAACUAACUAAUCUCCAAGCUCAAAUUGCCAGUAAAGAAACCGAAAUUAUCAAUAAAAGAGUUAGAGUGGAUGAACUGCGAGCCCAAAACACCAACUUAUCCGAUUAUGAUAUUCAAGAAGAGAGCAAUGACCCAAUCGUAUCAGAGUUCAGCCAAUUAGAAAAAGAAAUAGCAACUCUUCAUCAGGAAGUUAGUUCCUUGAACCGAGAACUAGCCGAAAAAGAGGAAGAAUUGGCUAUUAAAUACCCGGAUGAGCAAAGUUAUUUAACUCAAUUAAAAGUUCAGGGCGAAAAAUAUAUCAGUUUAGAAAAAAAGUUAGAGCAAAUAAGAGAUCUUAUUGCUGAUCAGCAAUUGAAUAAAUUAAUGGCUCUUUAUAAAAAGGGGGAGAUUUAA